AUCUUUGUUCAGAGAAUUACUUCUCCAAUGUUCAAAUAGUGUCGGUGGCAUGAAGAUUCAGCCCAUCCAUCUUGAAAUAGAGGGUGAUCCUAUCUUCCUGAGACGCCGAUUAAUUCCAUAUGGAUUUCGAGAUGCAGUUAAGAAAGAGUUAGACAAGUUGGUUGAGCAAGGCAUACUUAUGCCAGUUGAGUCUUCAAAUUGGGCUACUCCUACUGUUACGCCACUAAAGGCUGAUGGAAAAACACCUAGAAUUUGUGGUGACUACCGCCUUACACUCAAUAGUCGUCUACUACAGCAAAGUUGCACUACUCUAGAAACUGAAGACAUUCUCUACAAGCUACAUGGCUCAAGAUACUUUUCCAAAAUAGAUCUAAAAGAUGCCUAUUUGCGAAUUCCUCUUGACGAGGCGUCUAGUGCAUUAAAAGCGAUUAAUGCUCCAUUUGGAUUGUUCAAGUAUAAGUUCUUGGCUUUUGGUUUAAAGGUUUCACCCGCAAUAUUUCAAAAUGUAAUAAAUCGGAUGAUAGAUGGAUUAGAUGGUGUUGAGUCAUACCAAGACGACAUUAUAGUUCAUGGUCCUAAUAUCGAAUUGCAUAAUGAACGUCUUUUAAAACUGUUCAGACGUUUAUGUGAGAAUAAUGUUCUUGUUAAUCCAUCUAAAUGUCAUUUCACUUUGUCGCCUGUAUCAUGCUUGGGAUACACAGUGGACUCCGAAGGUUUCAGACCUGAUGCUAGUCGUUUGGCACCUCUAAUUCAAGCACCUUCAUCUAAUAAUAUGUCGUCGUUGAGAUCAUGGAUUGGUACUCUUUAG